AUUUUCAGGAAGGUUGCAAAAGAAUUGCGUCAGAAGGUUGCGCACUUAUUUCUAGAAAGGUGAACCACGUACGUUGCUUGCUCGACUGAUACAGCAUCUCUCAUUGUGACCAUGAUGCUUGCGAGGCUGACAUGCCUGAGGACUCUUCCUCUCGUCGGGCUGCGUCCUGUGCUGUCACAGGGGUCCCCAGCCCUGAGGACAUCCACCCUGAAGACUUGUCCCCCCCUGCUCAGGCCCCAGCAGGGUUUUUCCUCCAAGGCCAGAAUUGCUUUCCGCAGGACAACCAAAAGCCAGCUCAAAGAAGCAGCUUUUGAGCCAGCUUCAGAAACCGCUUAUAAAAUUCACAGCAUGGGGAGACUGUUCCUGGCUGGAGGUGCAGCAGUGGGUCUUGGAGCUCUGUGCUUCUAUGGAUUUGGCAUGUCCAAUGAAAUCGGUGCCAUUGAAAAAGCAAUGAUCUGGCCUCAGUAUGUGAAGGACAGGAUCCACUCCACCUACAUGUACUUUUCAGGCAGUAUUGGCCUGACAGCGUUGUCAGCUGUAGCAGUGAGCAGGACCCCGGCCCUCAUGGGUCUCAUGAUGAGAGGAUCCUGGCUGGCUAUGGGAGCGACAUUUGCAGCCAUGAUUGGUGCCGGCAUGCUGGUCAGGUCCAUCUCCUAUGAGCACAGCCCGAUGCCCAAACACCUCGCCUGGAUGUUCCAUGCAGGUGUGAUGGGUGCUGUCAUCGCCCCCCUCACCCUCCUGGGAGGGCCCCUGGUGAUGAGGGCCGCUUGGUACACCGCAGGAAUCGUGGGCGGUCUGUCCUCUGUGGCCAUGUGUGCCCCAAGUGAGAAGUUCCUCAACAUGGGCGGGCCCCUGGCUGUUGGCUUUGGAGUGGUGUUCGCUUCUUCUAUUGGAUCAAUGUUCCUGCCGCCCACCUCAGUAAUGGGAGCAGGCCUGUACUCAGUGGCCAUCUACGGAGGCCUGGUCCUGUUCAGCAUGUUCCUCCUGUACGACACGCAGAAGGUCAUCAGGAGAGCAGAGACACACCCGCUGUACGGCGUACAGAAAUAUGACCCCAUCAACGCGUGUAUGGGGAUCUACAUGGACACACUGAACAUCUUCAUGAGGAUGGCGAUGAUUCUGUCUGGCGGCAGCAGGAAGAAGUAAACCGCUGCAUUCUGAUUUCAGUUUGACCCUUUACAAAGCUGAUCAAAAUCAUAUUUUAUUACUAGCAGCAUACACCAGAUGUUAUCUCUUAGUGACACGUCUUAUCUAACUGGGAACAAUACAUCCAUGCUUUGAAAGAGUGCGAAGAAGAAGAUUGUACUCUGGUGCAAAGAAGAUAAAUCGUUGUGCAUUGAUAACAUGUUCUAACCUUGAUUGUGGAAGUAUCUGGUUAAUUAUGGGGGUUACAGAUGGGUUAAGUCUUUCUUGUCUGCAUCCUCUCUCCAGCUUCCGAUGUCCUUUGUAUUCUUUAUGUUUUGUAUUUAUUUCAACUGAGUGGUGUUUCUGUUUCCAACGAGAAUGAAAGUUCAAAAAUAUAUGGUGUAUGCUAACAAAGUACAACACAGACUGGUCCCGACUCGCUCCACUAUACACUGAUUUUGCACUUCUGUUAUGCGUUCAAGAGGUUGGCACUAGUCCAUAUAUUUCUGACAUUGUACAGUCAUUUCAACAAUGGAACCAAUCAAUAAACAUGUCCAAAGUGAU